AUGGGCUCAGAGUUUGGGAUCACCCCCGACACCAAGCCGGAGGUUCGGCUUGAUGGCGUAGGCAUCUUUUGGAUUGUCUUCGCCGUGACAUGGACUGUUAUCCUUAUUAGCGGCAUGGCAUUCUUGUGGACGAAGCGGGAUAUGCCUAUUCUCCGAAUCAGAGGCCUGGGCUUAUCAUUCACAGCUAUUGCAUUUCUUCAUUGUUACUGGGUUGCCGUCACCACAGGCUACGUGUACGGUCCUUUGAUGCCAGAAGUUGCCGAAUUCUGGAUCAUGAGCAUCUGGUUCCCCUUUGGCAUCGCGCUGUUCCACGCCUCCAACAGUCGGUUCUUGUACGUCGCCAACGCUCAAAAACAAUACGUCAAAAAGACGGGUGACUUGGGGUGGGAUGGCCAGCGUCCUCGGAUCCGCAAGACGCUUGUCGCCAGAUGGAAGAUGCUCCCUUAUACGCAGAGAGUUUUGAUAUUCGUCGGCUUGGGCAUGGUAGCUCACCUUUCCCUCACCAUCUUCAUGUUCCUUAUUUCUCGUAAAUUUCACUCUGGCUGGGGCAUCUCCGGAACUGAAGUUACCGGCACUGCUAUGGAGCAAAAGGCUGAGCAGGGUCGUGGCUGGGAGUGGUGGCCGUCUAUCUUUUGGCAACUAUUCUGGGCUUGGAUCGUUGCUCCCGUCAUUCUAUGGCGCUCUCGGAACCUGCGUGACACCCAAGGUUGGCGAACGCAGACCAUUGCUUGCUGCUUGUCCGGUCUUCAUGCCUCCCCAAUGUGGCUCAUUGCGCUCUAUGUUCCCGGCAUGGCUCCUGUCAACAAUUACUUUAUCCCUCCGCAAUGGAUCGCCAUUGCAAUGAUGAUGCUCGAAAUCUUCACCGUGUUCAUUCCCGUCUGGGAAGUUCGGAGGCAACAAUCCCUUUGCCAGGAGACCCUCGACUCCAUUGCACGCUGGGAGUCCCGACAGAAGUCCGUUCAGCAUAGUGGGAAAUCUCUGCACUCUGGCACUAGUUCAUCUUCAUGGAUGGGUCGUACCAAAGCUGGUUCAGUGUCUACCACUGGUGGCAGUAUCUUAACCAUGGACGCCCUGGAGCACACGUUGGCAAAGAACCCCGAGCCUCUGCAGGAGUUCUCUGCUCUUCGAGAUUUCUCCGGUGAGAACAUUGCCUUCCUCACCCGGGUUCGUGAGUGGCGUGCCCAGUACAUUGUCAACCCCAGCCUCAGGGAACCGGUUAGGGACGAGAAGGACAGCGAGAAAACCUUGACUCUGUCGCGAGAGUGCUUCGAGAGCGCCCUUCGCAUUUACAUCGACUUCAUCAGCAGCAACAGUGCCGAAUUUCAGGUCAACCUGUCAUCACACGACUUCAAGAACCUCAAAGCAAUCUUCGAAGGGGCCGCCCGCGUUGUCUGUGGCGAAUGCAGCACGCCAGACCCCGCCACUCCCUUUGCUGACGUACCUAAACCGCAGAGUGAAUCGGGUGAGACUGCUCGAUACUGGGGCGACAUUCCUGAAGCUUUCAAUGAGGGUGUCUUCGACGAUUCCGAAAUGAGCAUCAAGUACCUUGUGCUCACCAACACAUGGCCCAAGUUUAUCAGGGAGAGACGCUCAUUUGACGGUGCCAGCAGCGCGGAGGCUGGUAAAUAA